AUGGCCUCGGCCCUCUUCUUCCUCGACCUCAAAGGCAAGACGCUCCUGGCGCGCAAUUACCGCGGCGACAUUCCCAUGUCGGCCGUCGAGAAAUUCCCCAUCCUCCUCUCCGAAGCCGAAGACGAAUCGUCGUCGGUCCCGCCGUGUUUCAGCGACGAAGGCAUCAAUUUCCUCUACAUCCGCCACAACAACCUCUACCUACUCGCCUUGACCAAACGAAACUCCAAUGCCGCCGAAAUCCUCCUCUUCCUGCAUCGUGUUGUCGAGGUCUUUACCGAAUACUUCAAGGAAUUGGAGGAGGAAUCCAUUCGAGAUAACUUUGUUGUCAUUUAUGAAUUGUUGGAUGAGAUGAUGGAUUUCGGAUACCCGCAGACGACGGAGACCAAGAUCUUACAGGAAUACAUCACCCAGGAAUCACAUAAGUUGGAGGUCCAGGCCCGACCUCCGAUUGCAGUCACCAACGCCGUGAGUUGGCGGUCGGAAGGGAUCCGAUAUCGAAAGAAUGAAGUCUUUCUCGAUGUCGUGGAAUCACUCAACUUGCUGGUCUCGUCCACGGGAAAUGUCCUGCGAUCAGAAAUUCUGGGAGCGAUCAAGAUGAAGUGUUACCUCUCUGGAAUGCCCGAAUUGCGGUUGGGAUUGAAUGAUAAAGUCAUGUUUGAGACGACGGGACGCGCCACGAGAGGCAAGGCGGUGGAGAUGGAGGACGUCAAGUUUCAUCAGUGCGUGCGCUUGUCGAGGUUUGAGAAUGAUCGCACCAUUUCUUUCAUUCCGCCCGAUGGCGAGUUUGAGUUGAUGAGUUAUCGGUUGAAUACCCAGGUCAAACCGUUGAUUUGGGUGGAAUGUAUUGUCGAGAGUCAUUCGGGGAGUCGCAUUGAGUAUAUGCUAAAGGCAAAAGCACAAUUCAAACGCCGCUCCACAGCCAACAAUGUCGAAAUCUCCAUCCCAGUUCCCGACGACGCCGACACCCCUCGUUUCCGCACCAACAUCGGUUCCGUACAUUACGCUCCGGAAACCUCAUCAAUUGUCUGGAAAAUUAAACAAUUCGGCGGCGGGAAGGAAUUCUUGAUGCGUGCGGAAUUGGGACUGCCCUCGGUGAAAGGGGAUGAAGAGAGAGGUGGUGGCAUGAUGGGUGGGUUUGGAGGGAGUAUGGGUGGGACAAUGGGAGGGAAGACGGGCAAAAGACCGAUUGGAGUCAAGUUUGAAAUCCCCUAUUUUACUACCAGUGGGAUUCAGGUGAGGUAUCUGAAGAUUAUCGAGCCAAAGCUGCAAUAUCCGAGUUUGCCUUGGGUGAGGUAUAUUACGCAGAGCGGAGAUAUUGCGGUCAGGUUGCCGGAUGUGCAAUGA